AUGAAAACUAUUAAAGAAUUAAAUAACAUAAAAACUAGUGCUAAACACACCGCAGAUGUGGCGCUAUAUAUGGCACCCGAAGGACAGACCACUGAAUACAACCAUUUAAUAGAUGUCUAUAGUCUGGCACUCAUUGGAGCGAAAAUAUUUGGUUUCCAUUCCGACGAUAUCAGAGACGGAGAGUAUACGGAAUUUCAAUUUUAA